GUCAGUGACCCCCCUUUACUUGCUAAUAAUUAUUAUCCAGUCUCUCCUCUUCAAAACAAGCUAAAUACUAACAUGACGGACAGUAGAUACGAGCACAUGCAGGCCCUAUUUACUACAAAGAUGGCGGCCUAUGAGGAAAAGCUUCAGAAACUGUCUGCACAGUCACCUGCACCUGAUUUGGCCUUGCUACAUAAAGACUUCACUGAAUUUAAGCAAUUUAUGUUGCAAGCACUGGCUAACUUCAAGUCGCAGAGUGAACUACUGGCGCUUGGACUCGACAGGCACGAGACUGCUAUGCGGCGCAAGGUACUCCUGGUUCACGGUAUCCCCGAGCGGAGAGAUGAGCAGUUGCCGGAUGUAGUUAUCAAGGUAUUUCAUGAUCAAAUGAAGUUGGCCGAGCUUCGUAAAGGAAACAUCCAUGUUUGCCAUAGACUGGGUUCUUCUGGCCGCGGUUCGAGGCCGAUCCUUGUGCGUUUUUAUAUGACAGAGCACCGGCACCUUGUCUGGGAUAACAAGAAGUCUUUAAAAGGCACUGGUAUCACGAUCUCAGAGUUCCUGACGCAGUUGCGUCACCGUGCUUUCAUGGAUGCCCGCAACCACUUCGGAAUAUCCAAUUGCUGGUCAGUGGAGGGGAAGAUUGUAAUUGUUGCACCUGAUAAGACGCGACACAAAAUUGAGUGCAUAUCGCAGCUGCAGGAACUGAUUGUCAGAUUUCCUCUCACACCCUCUAAAAGUAGCACCCCAGAGCCAGCUUCUGACCUAAAUAUACCUGCCCGCAUAACGGCUGAACCAGAGGCUAAAGUCCAGAAGAAGGUGCGACCCGCACGUCGUCGUUAAGAGCACAGUUUGCCGGCGGUACUUCAAUAUAUUGUUUCGAUAGUUAUACAAUUGGACUUUGCUCUCGGUCAUGGUAUGAACUUGACUUUUUUUUUAUUUCUUUAUUCAAUUUUGUCACUUCGCCGGUAGUUUAAUAGUAUUGUUUAGCCGGUAUGUUGACAGUUUUUUGGAUUUUGGUCUUUUCAAUUUACUGUCAACAACGAAUUAUGUCAGAUGUGUCAAAUCGUGUCAAUGAACUGUCAACGUCAUUGUCGUGCGUUUAGUUACUGCAUACAAUUAUUGUCGUCGUUGUAUUAGCUUUAAAGGCAUGUACCUAUAAUAAUAUUUGUUCCUAGUUCCUAUAUAUAU